GUGUGGGAGGAUAGUAACUUAUCGAGGGGGGAGUGGGAGGCUUUGAAGGGAGGACCACUCAUUGGUUAUUAAGUCAGCGGACAAGGGGAGUAUGGUGGUAGUGAUGGACCGGGAACAGUACAUUAGUGAGGCUAUGAGGCAGUUGGAGGAUAAGGAGUUUUAUGAGGAAUUGCAGGAGCCCAUUUUUCCAGAGUCAGUGGGGUUGAUUAAGGAGGAGCUGGGGCGGUUACGGGAGGGGUGUUGGCUGAGUGCUAACCAGGUCCAGUACAUUAGGGGCCAGGACACUCCCAGGGAGAGGAGAUUUUAUUUGCUUCCGAAGAUUCAUAAAGAUAGGGCCACCUGGCUAUUUCCAGAUGUCCCCCCGUGGAGACCUAUAGUGUUGGACCGUGGCAGUGAAAGCUAUGGGGUGGCGGAGUUCAUCACCAAACACCUGGGUCUGCUCUCCACAAGACAUGCCAGCUAUAUUACGUACGAUUUUCUGUAAAAAGGUGCAAGGCAUAAGAAUAGGUCCGGGCGCCAGUCUCUUCUCUAUGGAUGUGGAAAGCCUGUAUGCUAAUAUAGAGAUAGAGAAGGGGCUGGAGGAGCCCAGAUCAGAGUAUCCUGAGGCUGCUGGAGUUGAGCCUGAAGAGGAAUGCUUUUGGAUUCAACGGGCGUCACUAUCUGCAGGUGAAAUGAGCAGGUAUUAUGUGGCGGUGGACGUGGGCACUGCCAGUGUGCGGGCGGCUCUGGUCACUCCGGAUGGUCGAGUCAAACACACGGCGGAGGAGCCGGUGGUGAUCUGGGAUCCGUGUGCGGAGCAUUAUGAGCAGUCUUCGGAGGACAUCUGGAGCAAGUGCUGCAGGACGGUGAAGAGAGUAACUCGGGACAUUGACGUGGCGUGUGUUCGAGGGGUCGGGUUCGAUGCCACCUGCUCACUGGUGGUUCUGGACCGGCACUUCCAGCCCGUGGCUGUCAAUCACACAGGCGUCAGGGAGAGGAACGUGGUGAUGUGGAUGGACCACCGGGCCGCAGAACAAGCCGCUCGGAUCACGGCCUCCAAACACAGAGUGCUCCGGGGAGUCGGAGGAGUGAUGUCGCCCGAAAUGCAGCCGCCCAAACUGCUGUGGCUCAAAGAGAAUCUGCGGGAAUCCUGUUGGAAAGAAGCGGCACAUUUCUUUGACCUUCCAGACUUCCUGUCCUGGAAAGCCACAGGGUCCUUAUGCAGGUCUCUGUGUACUCUGGUCUGUAAGUGGACGUAUUCCCCGUCUGAAGGGUGGGACGACACCUUCUGGAGCGCCGUCGGCCUGGAGGACCUGAUGGAGAACAGUUACUCUAAGAUCGGUGAGCAGACGUGUUGUCCCGGGACUCCUGUAGGACGAGGACUGACCGCAGACGCCGCUGCAGAUCUGGGCCUGAGACCGGGGACGGCUGUGGCCGCUUCGCUCAUAGACGCUCACGCAGGAGGGUUAGGGGUGAUCGGGGCCGAUGUGAGCGGACACCAGCUGCCCUGUGAAGAGCAACCGGUCACGUCCCGUAUGGCGCUCAUCUGUGGGACGUCCUCGUGUCACAUGGCUGUGAGCACGCAGCCGCUGUUCGUCCCCGGGGUCUGGGGCCCGUAUCUGUCCGCAAUGCUGCCGGGACUGUGGCUGAAUGAGGGCGGCCAGAGCGCCACGGGGCGACUGGUGGACCAUGUGGUGAAGGGACACGCGGCGUACGGUCAGCUGAGAGAGCAGGCGGAGACGAGUGGGAAACACGUUUGCUCCUGCCUGAACCUCCAUCUGCAGCACAUGUGUGGAGACGCAGCACAUCUGGAGCAGCUGACCGCCGGCCUGCACAUCUGGCCUGAUUUCCACGGCAACCGCUCUCCUCUGGCCGACCAGACGUCACGGGGCUUGGUUGUGGGACUCACUUUAUCACAGACGCUGGAUGAUUUGGCUCUGCUGUAUCUAGCAACUCUUCAGGCCAUCGCUCUCGGCACCAGACACAUCAUAGAUGCCAUGAGAGAGGCAGGACAUGACAUCACAACCCUCUUCCUGUGCGGGGGGCUGAGCAAGAACGCUCUGUUCGUACAGACACACGCCAACAUCACGGGGCUGCCGGUGGUCCUGCCGGCCGAACCAGAGGCUGUGCUGCUGGGAUCUGCUGUGAUCGGAGCCUGUGCUUCAUCUGACUGCGGAUCCAUACAGGAAGCAAUGAAGAAGAUGACCAGAAUCGGGCAUGUGGUCAGACCAAACCCUGAGCUAGAAAGCUUUUACAGAAGGAAGUACGCCGUGUUUCUGCGUCUGUACGAUCAUCAGAAGGAGUGUGUGGCGCUGAUGGAGGAUGAUGGAGUUUGACAUAGAUUAAACAAGUCUUGACAUGAAGACUGCUUCAAAUGACCAAAAACACCAGAUUUUCAUGAAUCUGUCCUUUAUCUGAACAUUAUAUGUGUUCAGCCCUUUACACCUGCACAGGUAUUUUACACAAAUGAGCAGGAGUGAGGAAACUAUCACCAGAUAAAACCAGUCAAAACCACUUUUGUGUUUGACCAUAACUGGAAUCAGUGUUGAAAUAUGCAUUUCAGAGCAAUAAAAGUCUUUUUAAAAAUCA